GUCGGCUAUCCGUCCAUCUCAUGUUUUGUGCUCCCAGUGACGAGAUUAACGGCAGGAGUUCUCAACUUCACCCAGUCGAUCGGUUAAGCGAGUUCGGCGCCCGCGAUGCAGCCCAUUGAGGCAUUUGUCGGCUUCCAAUAGCCAUCCCCGCCUACGCAAGGAGUCGUUCCCUCAUUAUUUAUUACCGUCCACAGCUGAGAAUCCUCACGAUCGCACCAUUCCUGCCUCCUUGUCCGUCUUCCCACCAGAGCGUCUCACGUAUGCCCCUCCGCGAGUCCACGGUCGACAAUCCCAAGUCACCCCUGCGUCGAUGUCACCACUACAUUUACAUCAUCGCCUGGGCUCUCCUGUCAUCCAUCAUCCUAUACUGCGCCGGAAGGUUGUCUUUGGUUGAUGCCUUGCUUCUCGCCUCCGGCGCAGCCACUCAAACCGGACUAAAUACAAUUGACCUCAAUCGCCUUCAUGUGGUUCAACAAGCCACCCUCUUGGUGGUGUCGAUGGUGACCAAUGUCAUUUUUGUUCAUUCACUGCUUGUUGUGGUCCGCUUGUAUUGGUUCCGGAAGCGGUUUCAGAGAGCCAUCCAUGAAGCCAAAAUGAUGUGCCGCGCUCAGCGAAACACGCUCAACCAGAGACUCGCGGAUGUGGAGAACGGGACUCCUCGUGGAUUCUCCCGCGAGAGGCCAACGGAGGAGGUUCCUUUGCUGUCAACAGUCGAUGAGGAGAGCUCAAACGAAUCAGCCAGUGUGUCUCCCGGAGGCAGGAAGUAUGGUGCAACCGGCUCGACCAGCCCGCACAUCACCUUCUGCGAGACUGAAGCCGAGCACGAGGUUAAACAGCGUCGACGGUCAUACUCUGGCACAUGGUCGCGUCUCUCUCAGCCUGAGAUCGAAAGUCCGCUGCGACGGUCAUUCUCCGACUUGCAGAAUGAUAUGCCGCCGCUGCCUUCCUUGAUGUGGCAGUCAUCAAUCGCCAGCUACUCCGACUGGAAUGAGACACAAAAAGAGGAGCUUGGUGGAAUCGAGUAUAGGGCCCUGAAGACGCUGGUCGUCAUUCUUGUCUGCUAUUUUGUGGUUAUCCACCUCUUGGGAGUCCUGUUCUUCGUGUCAUGGAUUCUACCCAACCAACACUACGGCCAGAUGCUCGCAGACAACGGCAUCAGUCGGUCCUGGUGGGCGAUUUUCACAGCCGGUUCCUCAUUCAACGAUCUGGGAUUCACAUUGACAACCAACUCAAUGGCAUCUUUCAACACCGCUGCAUUCCCUCUGCUGGUGAUGACCAUUCUCAUCGUUCUCGGGAACACGGGGUUUCCAUGCAUGCUCCGCCUCAUCAUAUGGACCUUAUCCCAGUUCACCACCUACGGUAGUCCCCUCGAUGACGAGCUUCAGUAUCUCCUCGAUCAUCCCCGACGAUGCUUCACACUGCUCUUCCCCAGCGCAGAGACCUGGCGACUGGCCGCAGUCCUCCUUCUCAUCAAUGCAAUCGACCUCAUCAUCUUCUACACUCUCCAAGAGAUCCCCCACCCCAGCCCCAUCUCAGCCAGCCUCCGCCUCGUCAACGGCCUCUUCCAAAUCGCCUCCACCCGCACCGCAGGCUUCACAAUCACCUCCCUGGGCACCCUCCACCCCGCCGUACAAGUCUCCUUCGUAGGAAUGAUGUACAUCUCCGCCUUUCCCAUCGCCAUUGCGAUGCGCAAAACCAACGUCUACGAAGAACGCAGUCUAGGAAUCUACAACGAAGACUACGACGACCACGACAAACCGCACCAAUCCGACUCCCUAGGCGCGCACAUCCAACGCCAGCUAGGAUUCGACCUAUGGUUCGUCAUGCUGGGAUUCUUCUUCGUCGCCGUCGCAGAAGGCAAACGAUUACAGGAUAACCGCACUGACUUGGCAUUCUCCCUCUUCCCCAUCCUAUUCGAGAUCGUCUCCGCUUACGGCACCGUAGGCCUCUCGAUGGGAUAUCCAGGGACGGAAACCAGUCUGUGUCGCGAGUUUAGCGGCGUAUCGAAGGUAAUUGUCAUCGCGAUGCAGGUCCGUGGCCGUCACCGUGGCUUGCCGCAUGCACUAGACCAUGCCAUUCUCCUGCCAUGUGACUUGGUCGAACCAGACGAGGAGGGUCGUAGACCGGAGUGGUGGUGGAAAAGGUGGAUUCGGAAGAAGAGUUCGGAUCUAGGAAAUUUCUUUACUCAUGAUUGAUGCGAUACUCCGAGUACGAGAAAUCUCAACUAUGUAUUAAUAAUACUUGAUGACAUAUGGACUGCAGUAACCACAUGUCUCAAAAUAUUAAUCAUGCCUGUACCCCAUCUUAAUGGUCGGUGGGGCAUGGCAUGAAUUGCAGUCUAAUUACAAGGACUCCCCUGAUAGUCCCACAGCGAGCUAUGUACGACCCCGUAUCACAAACCAGACCAACUACCUACAUCUACAUCUACAUCUACCUAUCUGAUCCCGCUUACUGCAGAUUCCGUACGACAGUCGUCAUCUGAUAGAUGCAUCUGGCCCCAUGCACGGACAAUUCGCUUCUGAUCUCACGGACAGUCCGGGUAUGGUUUGGAUCUAGACAGCUCUUCGAGGUAGUAUCGGUGAGGCUCUUGUGGUGUUUGGAGUUUCUCUUUCGUAGGGUGUCUGCUUCUAGUCUAGAU